AUGAGCUGCCGUCGAACAACACAUCGACUGUGUACUCAGAUCAGUACCUUCACAAUCACAGUCACAUUCACAUUCCCCUCGACACUCGAUAGUCGAGACCCUUGCUACGUUGGACUCGUGGCUCGCUCCUUACCCCAACCGGCUCUUUUCUUUUUUCCUUCUUUUAUCCACCCUUAUUCCCCCCUGAAGCACCAGUACCAUGCGGUCGUCGCUGCGUGUCUCUCCUUGCUGAGACAUCCUCACACCUCCAUCAAUCACAUCAAUCACACCAUAUCGAAGGAACACCUCAGACAUUCACACAUGCCGCCUCUCCAGAUGUCUGUCGUUGCCGCAACCGGACUCGGCAUCCAUACCGCUCUCGCCUUCAAGUCUCAGUGCAUGCAUUGCUGCAGAAAAUAUGCCCUUGAUGCAUCCAACACAGACAUGGCGACGACACAGACACACGCUCCUUGACGCCUGUAGCACGUUCACCGGUGAACCCCAAGCUCGCGAAUCAGCAUGCCCGGAUUCGGACAUGACCACGCCAGGCGGGCGCGCCCCCGAUCGCUCGCCCAGUAGCUAGAGCACAAAGUCCCCGCCAGUCUAUCGGCCCUAGCUAGGGCUGCGUCUAGGAAGACGAACAUGUCGACCCGGAUGCGUCCAAAUGUCCCGCGAACCCCACGCGGCCUGCACUCGUUGGUCGACGACGAGCUCCAGGGAGCUCUGGCUUCUGACGAUCCAACUGCCUGCUUCUGGUGUGGCGUCUGGCUUUUGCAAAAUGGCGCUGUCUGU